CCACACAGAAUGCUAAAGGGAGAAGAGACAGACACCUAGCACAGAGAGCAACUCAGGCAGACAUUUAAACCAUUGCCUAUGGUUCCACAGACUUAUUAGACUGCAGGUCAACAGACAGAAGCACACAAAUAACUGGGAAAAGAAUCUAUAUGAAUCACGCGGGGAUGCUGUGUUAUCCCUUUCUCCUGCUCCUGCUGGAGUUUGUCAUCACCUUCUCAGUUGAGGUCAUUGUCCCCAUGGGGUCUGGAUUAACCCUGAGUUGUCAACAUGAAAAGGCCCCAAAAAUGUUGGAAAAAACUUUCAAAUGGACCUUCAGGUCAAGAGAUUCCGUUUCACCAACUGAAGCAGGGGACAGCUCCACAUUGUCAAAGCAACACAUCCAAAAAACUCACGAGGGGGAGUAUGAGUGUGUGAUGGCGGGAUACAUUGGUGAUAGUCGUGCGAGAGUCAGCAGAAUGUACAACGUGAGCGUGGAGACCACCAGCAGCUUCAAACUGUGGGCAGUCGUCACAGUGACAGAGGGAGAUGUUGUGGACCUCUCCUGCCAUCCACAUCUGCUAUCCGCUAAUAGAAGUGAGAAAAUAGGCAAUUGGUUUAGGGAGACCGAAGAAGGCCUUAAGCCCUUGGUUCUGGAUAAUGAAGAUAAGGUGAGGGAUGGAGUAUACUUGGCCAGAGCAAAUGAUUUGUCCAUUAAAAUAUACAACAGUAAAGUCCAGGAUUCCGGCAUGUACCACUGCCAAGUCCAAGAAGGAGCAGAAACCAGGACACAGUUGGUGGAGCUGAUAGUGGAAGCUCUCCCGCCUCCUCGUUGUUAUGGCCACACGGAUCCAUGGGAACUGUGCGAGGAGGACAAAAGUCGAACAGCGGGAGCCAUACUGAGCGAAUCUCUAACUGACUUCUCCACUAAACUCUACUCCCAACUCCGCACAGUCAAGCCUACUGAUAAUGUGUUGUUUUCACCAGUCAGCAUUGCUGGAGUGCUCUCUCACCUUCUACUGGGUGCUCGUGAUGACACACGGAAAAUGAUGGAGGAUGGUCUUUGCCUUCCUCGUGGUUUCUCCUGCACACAUAAAGCUCUGAAGACCCUGAAGGGGGACACCCAAGAGUCUCUGGACAUGGCCUCUCACAUCUUUUAUAAUCAAGAUCAAAUUCUGAGUGAGGCUUUCAUCAACCAAUCAAUGGAGUUCUAUGAGGCUUCCCCAGCAAAGCUAACUGACGACAAUGAUCAAAAUUUGAAGAUGAUCAAUGAUUGGGUAGCAGAGAAGACAAAAAAUAAAAUCCCCAAGUUAUUGGACUCUGUGGAUUCCUUCAAUCAACUGAUCCUAGUCAACACUGUCUACUUCCUUGGCAAAUGGAAGUUGAAGUUUGAUGCGGAGAGCCGUCCUGCCAGUUUCACAAAACUAAAUGGAGACAUGGUCAAUGUACCGACUCUUUAUGGUGCAAAGUAUAAGCUCUCAAUGCAGUUCUUUAGCAGCCUAAGAGCCCAGGUGGGAGCAUUCCCUCUCACAGGCAGAAACAGACUCUUCAUCAUGGUGCCUGUGUCCUCCUCCCUGAAAGACCUGCAGGCAGUGGAGGAGAGGAUGACGGACACUGUGCUGACGGAAAUGGCCAAGGCCAUGGCCAAAGUCGCCCCAACCGUUGCAGAGGUCACCCUGCCAAAACUCAAACUGGACAUCAACACCGACAUGAAUGGAUUGAUUGGGGACAUAGGGAUGGGGGAGCUCUUUAACGAGCCAAACCUGUGCGGGUUGUUCCCCGAGCAGACAGACAUGCCCGUAGCCCUGUCGGAUGCCCGCCACCGGGCCACGCUACUGCUGUCCGAGAGUGGCGUGGAGGCGGCGGCCGCCACCUCGCUCUCCUUCGCCCGCUCCUUCCCCUCGUUCUCGGCCAUGCAGCCUUUCAUCCUGGUGCUGUGGAGCGACCAGGCCAACUGCCCCCUCUUCAUGGGGAGGGUGACCCAGCCAUGAAUUUGAGAGGGGGGAAAGCUUUGAGGAAUGUAAUAACUCAAGUCUUGAGUUCUUAACAAUCGCACUUGUCUUUUGUUAUACAGUAGUAUAAUACUAUGCUGUAACAUUACAAUAAAUAUCAGAAUAAUUUCA